AUGACCAAAAAGCACAAGAAGCCGGAGCUCGCCGAGCUGAAACAAGAAGUCAAAAUGGACGAGCACAAAAUUCCGCUCCGCCAACUCGCCGAGCGCCUUCAAACCAACCUGGACACAGGGCUCACUUCCGCUCGCGCAGCCGAAAUUCUUGCGCGGAACGGACCGAAUGCCUUGAGCCCGCCCGAAACCACACCGCAAUGGGUGGUUUUUUGCAAGAAUUUGUUUGGCGGAUUUGCAAUGUUGUUGUGGAUCGGAUCGUUUUUGUGUCUGUUUGCGUAUACGGUGGAUUGUUUGACGAUUGAGUAUCCGAAUGUGGAUAAUGUUAGAGUUUUGGGGCUUUUCCUGGCAUCCAGGGGGCUUGAGAGAAGCCUAAUAGCUUCUAGGGGCUUUUCCUGGUCCCUGCGAGCCUUUGGGGGCUUUCCUUGGUCUCCUGGAGCUUUUCCUGGGCUCCAGGGGGCACGAGAGAAGCUCUGAAGCUUUUUGGACUAUUUUCUGAGAUCUGGAAGCUUUCUAGGCUAUUUUUGAGCUCUAAAAGGCUUUGGAAGGCUUCAGAAGGCUUCAGAAGCUCAUAGAAGCCCCUAGAAGGCUUCAGAUGGCUUUAGAAGGCUCCAGAAGGCUUUAGAAGGCUUCAGGAGGCUUGAGAAGCCUUCUCAAUCCUUUUGAAGGCUCCAGAAGGCUUCAGAAACCCUUAGAAAGCCUCGGAAGGCUCCAGAAAGCUCCAGGAAGCUCUAAUAGGCUUUAAAAGGCUUCAGAAGGCCUUAGAAGCCCUCAAAAGGCCUCGGAACGCUUCAGAAGCUUCCAAACGGCCUCAGAAGGCCUCAGAAGGCUUCAGAAUUCUCAAAAAUCUCCAUUUUUUUCCAGUUCUACCUCGGAAUCGUUCUAAUGGGUGUUGUGAUCGUCACCGGAUGUUUUCAAUAUUAUCAAGAGAGUAAUGCGUCAAAAAUCAUGGACUCGUUCAAAAGUCUGGUGCCAACGGUGAGUUCAGAUAACUGUCGAAUGUUCAGAGUUAGCGUAACUCAGGUUUGAGGGUGAUUUUUGGACUCUCGGUGGGAUUUGGAGCAUUUUGAGACUAAAUAUGGGUAUUUUUCAUUGAAAAUGAAGAUUUAGGUGCUCAAAAUGCGUCAGACAAGUUCUAGAAGUGAUUUUCAGAGUCUAGAGCAUUUUUGGACCAAAAGAGCUUUCCAAGGCUCACAAUCCCCCGAAUUUUCACAAUUUCCCUCUUCCAGAUCGCCCUGGUCCACCGUGACGGCAUCAAACAAGAAAUCAAGACGGAAAAUCUAGUGGUCGGUGACAUUGUCGAAGUCAAAGGUGGAGAUCGUAUUCCAGCCGACAUUCGAAUCAUCUCAGCUUCCGGUUUCAAAGUCGACAACUCGAGUUUGACCGGAGAAUCGGAACCACAAUCAAGAUCGGCUGAUUGCACCAACGAGAAUCCGCUGGAGACCAAGAACAUUGCGUUCUUCUCGACGAAUGCGGUGGAGGGAACUGCGAAGGGAAUUGUCAUCUACACGGGAGAUUAUACGGUGAUGGGACGGAUUGCGCAUUUGGGUGAGAAUUUUCAGAAAAAUCUGAAAUUUUUAAGCUGAAAAUCCACGUGGAAAAUAUCUUCUAGAAAAUUACCUUAUUUUGCUCUCGACAAAAAAAUUUCUAUAAAAAUCUUUUUAAAUUUAAUUUUUGAGCUGAAAAUCCACGUGGCAGAAUCUGGAAUUUUAGAGAAAUCUGAAAUUUUCGAGCUGAAAAUCCACGUCGAAAAUCUCUUUUCUUUAAAAAUUAGAAAAUUACCUAGUUUUGCUGUCCACAAAAAAGAUUUUCAAAAAUUUUGAAAAUUUAAUUUUUGAGCUGAAAAUCCACGUGGCAGAGUCUAGAAUUUCAGAGAAAUCUGAAAUUUUUAAGCUGAAAAUCCACGUGGUUGAAUCAAGAAUUUUAGAGAAAUCUGAAAAAUACACGUAGCAAAAAUUAACGAUCCUAACAUGAGCAAUGCAAAAUUUUAGGCUCAAAGUGAAGUCUAGGCUUAUCUGGACUCAAAAUUGUAAUCUCAAUAUGAGCAAUACAUUAUUUAGACUCAAAAUAAAGCUUUUAACAUGAGAAAUACCAAAUCUUGACUCAAAAUGAAGACUAGGCUUAUCUGGACUCAAAAAAUGCGCAUUUUCCGAGCCACAAUAGCUCUCCAGACCCCCUAAUCCCAUACAUUUCCAGCUUCCGGUCUUGACACUGGCAUGUCCCCAAUCGCCCGCGAAAUCGAGCACUUCAUCCACAUCAUCACCGGCGUCGCCAUCUUCAUGGGUGUCUCGUUUUUCAUCAUCGCACUGUGUUUGGGUUAUCACUGGCUGACAGCUGUUGUCUUCUUGAUCGGAAUUAUUGUCGCAAAUGUUCCGGAAGGACUUAUCGCAACUGUUACCGUAUGCUUGACAUUGACCGCCAAAAGAAUGGCCAGCAAAAAUUGUUUGGUCAAAAAUUUGGAGGCUGUUGAGACACUUGGAUCAACUUCCACAAUUUGCUCGGAUAAGACUGGAACGCUGACACAAAAUCGAAUGACUGUUGCUCAUGUUUGGUAUGAUGGAAAGAUUCAUGGGUGUGAUACGACGGAGACGCAGACGAGUCAGACGAAAAAGGAGGGAGAGAGUUUUGAGGUGGGCGAAUUGACAUUGCUCAUGUUAAGAGCUUUCUUUAGAGUCUAAAUAAGCUAUUGCUCAUGUCAAGAGCGUUAUUUUUAGUCUAAAUAAGGUAUUGCUCAUGUUAAGAGCAGAAAUUUAUCAUUGCUGAUGUUAAGAGAUUUAUUUUGAGUCUAAAUAAGGCAUUGCUCAUAUUUAGAGCAGAAAUUUAUCAUUGCUCAUUAUAAGAGCGUUAUUUUGAGUCUAAAUAAGGUAUUGCUCAUAUUAGAAGCAUUAUUAAGAGACUAAAUAAGGCAUUGCUCAUGUUAGGAGCCUAAAUUUUUUAGAUUUUUGAAAUUUGGAUUAAAAUGAUACCUCAUUUGAUAUGGGUUUAAGGGAUUGCUCAUAUUAGGGUUUCAGGUGGAUUUGUUAAGAUCUUUCAAGGAUUGCUCAGGUUAAGCUAUUCCCAAGUCUUAGGAGUCCUCACCUUAAGAUUCAAAAUUUUAUGUUUAGAGCAAAAAUAUGGUGUUGCUCAUGUUAGGAGCAUUAUUUUGAGCCUAAAUAAGGUAUUGCUCAUGUUAAGAGCAGUAUUAACAGACUAAAUAAGGCAUUGCUCAUAUCAAAGUCCUCUUCCAGGCUCUUCUCCACAUCGCCUCGCUCUGCAAUCGAGCCGAAUUCAAAGCCGGCCAAGAACAGACGCCGAUUCUUCGCCGUGAAUGCACCGGUGACGCUUCCGAGAUUGCUCUUCUGAAGUUCACCGAACUCAUCCACGGAAACAUCCUGGCAUACCGUGAAGCUCACGAAAAGCUCGCUGAAAUCCCAUUUAACUCGACGAAUAAGUAUCAGGUCUCGAUUCAUCGCAAGAAAUCUGGAGCAGGAUUCCAACUGGUGAUGAAGGGGGCUCCUGAGAGGAUUCUGGAUGUGUGCUCGACGAUUCUGACGAAUGGCAAGGAGGUGGAGCUGUGCGAAAAGCAGCGGGCUCAAUUUAAUGAGGCCUAUGCGGAGCUCGGAGGGAUGGGCGAAAGAGUUUUGGGAUUUUGCGAUUUGGAAUUGGCGGGCUCGGAUUAUCCGGAGGGCUUUGAGUUCAAUGUGGAGGAUUUUCCGCUCAAGAACUUGAGAUUUGUGGGGUUGAUGAGUAUGAUUGAUCCGCCGCGCGCGGCGGUUCCGGACGCGGUAGCCAAGUGUCGUUCCGCAGGCAUCAAAGUCGUCAUGGUGACUGGAGACCAUCCGAUUACAGCCAAAGCCAUCGCCAAAUCAGUGGGAAUUAUCAGCGCGGAAACUGUGGAGGAUAUUGCCGCGCGGAAAGGCUGUGCGGUUGAGAAGAUUCCGCGUGCGCAAGCCAAGGCCGCGGUGAUUCAUGGCGCGGAUUUGAGAGAAAUGUCGGAUGAGGAAUUGGGAGAGGUGAUUCGAACGCAUAGUGAGAUUGUUUUCGCAAGGACGUCGCCCCAACAGAAAUUGAUGAUUGUGGAGGGAUUUCAGAAGCAGGGUGAGUAAAAUUCUGAAUUUUUUGAGCCCAAAUUUGCUCUGAAACUUGGAAAUUCGGGUUUUUCACGAAAUUCUGAAUUUUUUGAGUCAAAAUUCGCUCUGAAACCUUUAAUUUUGGAUAUUUUGGCCCAAAUUUACCUUGAAACCUGGAAAUUUGGAUUUUUCACGAAAUUCUGGAUUUUUUGAGUCUAAACAUGGCUAAACCCCUGAAAUUUUUGGAUUUUCAAGGAAUUCUGGAUUUUUUGAGCCCAAAUUUACCUUGAAACCUUGAAAUUUGGAUUUUUCUGGAAAUUUUGGGUUUUUUGAGUCUAAACAUGGCUAAACCCCUGAAAUUUUUGGAUUUUCAAGGAAUUCUGGAUUUUUGAUCCCAAAUUUACCUUGAAACCAGAAAAUUUGGAUUUUACCUGAAAUUUUUGGAUUUUCACGAAAUUCGUGGUUUUUUUGAGUCUUAACAUGACUAAACCCAUGAAAUUUUUGGAUUUUUCAUAAAAUUCUGAAUUUUUUGAGUCAAAACAUGGCUAAAACCUUGAAAUUUUUGAAUUUUCUCGAAAUUCUGAAUUUUUUGAGCCCAAAUUUACCUUGAAACCUAAAAAUUUGGAUUUUUCAUAAAAUUCUGAAUUUUUUGAGCCCAAAUUUACCUUGAAACCUGGAAAUUUGGAUUUUUCUCGAAAUUUUGGGUUUUUUGAGUCUAAACAUGGCUAAACCCCUGGAAUUUUUGGAUUUUCAAGGAAUUCUGGAUUUUUUGAGUCCAAAUUUGCUCUGAAACCUGAAAAUUUGAGUUUUGGCACGAAAUUUAGGUCUAGAAAGUCUGGAAAUGCUGGAAUUCGUAAUUUUCAGCGAUUUACAGCACAAAAUGUGAGCCUAGAAGUAAUUUUUAGCACAAUUUCAUACAGUAGCUUUUGACGAGUUUCUCGGCUGAAAGUUUGUGCUGAAAAUGCUGAAAAUUGCUGAAAAUCGUUGAAAAUCAAUAAUUCCAGCAUUACACUUGAGCCUAGAAACUCUAGAAAAAAAAGACUAGGAAAAUUGGGCCCAGAAAUCCACGUUGCAAAUUUUAGGCUUGAAAAAAGGCCCAAAAGUACACGUGGCGAAAUCUAGGCCUAUUCAUACUCAAAAUAAUCCUAUUAACAUGAGCAAUGCUAAAUUUUGACUCGAAAUAACGCUCUUAACAUGGGCAAUGCCAAAUUUUGACUCGAAAUAACGCUCUUAACAUGAGCAAUGCCAAAUUUUGACUAAAAAUGAAGCCCAGGCUUAUCUGGACUCAAAAUAAUCCGAUUUUUUCCAGGCCACAUUGUUGCUGUGACAGGAGAUGGUGUCAAUGAUUCACCAGCUUUGAAAAGAGCCGAUAUCGGAGUUGCUAUGGGAAUUGCUGGAUCAGAUGUUUCGAAACAAGCCGCUGAUAUGAUCCUUUUGGAUGAUAACUUUGCCUCAAUUGUUGUUGGAGUUGAAGAAGGAAGAUUGAUUUUCGAUAACUUGAAAAAAUCCAUCGCUUAUACUGUAACAUCGAAUAUUCCCGAACUUUCGCCAUUUUUGACAUAUAUUUUGUUCGGAAUUCCAUUGCCAUUGGGAACUGUUACUAUUUUGUGUAUUGAUUUGGGAACUGAUAUGGUUGGUUUGGAAAUUUAGGAUUUUUUGGAGCUGAAAAUCUCGCUGAAAAUCCACGUGGCAAAUUUUAGAAGCGAAAUCUGGAAUUAUAGAGUCUAAAAUUAAAAAACCCUGCAUUUUUUGAGCUGAAAAUCCACGUGGAAUUCUAAUUUUCGAAAAAAAUUGAAGUUCAGAGUUUUCAGAGCUGAAAAUCUGGCUGAAAAUCCACAUGGCAAAUUUUAGAACCGAAAUCUGGAAUUAUAGAGUCUAAAUUUAAAAAAAACCUGAAUUUUUGAGCUUCAAAAUUUGAAAAUUCCGGAAUUUUUGAAGCUGAAAAUCCACGUGGAAAAUUGUUUUUUUUUUAUUUUAAAAUUCCGGAAUUUUUUAAGCCACGUGGCAUUUUUUUUUUUGAAAAUUUAAAAAUUCUGUAAUACCUGAAAAUCCACGUGGAAUUUUUUUUCGGAAAGUCUAAAAAUCCUCCGAAAAUUCUGGAAACAAAUGAUGCCACUUGGAUUUCCAGCCGAAUUUUUUAAGACUAUCUGAAAAUCCACGUGGCAGUUUUUUUUCUGAAAAUUUUAAAAUUCGAAAGAAUUUUUGAAGCUGAAAAUCCACGUGGCAAUUUUUUUCUGAAAAUUUUGAAAUUCUAGAAUUUUUGAUGCUGAAAAUCUGGCUGGAAAUCCACGUGGCAUUUUUUUUUCUGAAAAUUUCAAAAUUCAAAAGAAUUUUUUGAAGCUUAAAAUCCACGUGGAAUUUUUUUCGAAAAGUCUAAAAAUCAUCCGAAAAUUCUGGAAAAAUAUGAUGCCACGUGGAUUUCCAGCCGAAUUUUUUAAGACUAUCUGAAAAUCCACGGGGCAGUUUUUUUUCUGAAAAUCUUAAAAUUCAAAAGAAUUUUUGAAGCUGAAAAUCCACGUGGCAAAAAUUUUCUGAAAAUUUGAAAUUUCCGGAAUUUUUUGAAGCGAAAAUCCAUGUGGCAUAAUCUAGAAUUUUAAAGAAAUCUGAAAUUUUUAAGCUACAAAAUCCACGUGGCAAAUUUCUCUGAAAAUUAAAAAAUUCUGCAAUUUUUGAAGCUGAAAAUCCACGUGGCCAAAAAUUUUCUGAAAAAAAAUUCGGUCGAAAAUUCUGGAAAAAAAUGUUGCCACGUGGAUUUCCAGCCGAAUUUUCAAAGACUUCUGAAAAUCCACGUGGCAAACAUUUUCUGAAAAUUAGAAAAUUCAAGAAUUUUUGAAGAUGAAAAGCCAAAAUUUAGAAAAACCUGAAAUUUGGAGCUGAAAAUCCACGUGGCUAUUUUUCUAUACUUUUAAGAAAUCAUCUGAAAAUGUUGGUCUGAAAAUCCACAUGCCUUAAAGCCCAAAAUUCACCAUUUCUGGCCUUGUAAAAGCCCGAAACACCUCAAAAUCCACCAUUUUCGGCCCAGUAAAAGCCUAAAGGCCAAAGCCUUCUUCCAGGUCCCCGCAAUCUCGUUGGCCUACGAAGAAGCCGAAUCCGACAUCAUGAAACGAGCCCCACGUGAUCCAAAUCGCGAUAAACUUGUAAACGAGCGGUUAAUCUCAUUGGCCUAUGGCCAAAUAGGCUCAAUUCAGGCCGCCGCCGGAUUCUACACCUAUUUUUGGAUUAUGGCCGAAAAUGGAUUUUUACCGUGGGAUUUGUACAAUUUGAGAUCGCAAUGGGAUUCGAGAUCCUAUAAUAGUGUGGUGGAUUCGUAUGGACAAGAAUGGGUAGGCUUUUGGGCUUUUUAGUGCGAAAAAAGGGCUUUUUGGAUAAUUUCAGGCCUUGAGGGCUUUUUAGACUGAAAAAUUGUGAUUUUUGACGAAAUUUGAGCCCUGGAAGUGAUUUUUCACAGUAAUUAUAAGGUUCAGAGGGUUUUCAGGCCCUGAAAAGGCUUUUUAGUCUAGAAAAUCAGGCUUUUCGCUAUAUUUAGAGCUCUGGGAAUGAUUUUAGAGUAAUUUUAAGAGUUUUAGACUAGGAUUGCUCAUUUUAAGCAAAAUUUUCGAUUUCAGCGUGAAAUUUUGACAAUAAAGCUCUCUAAGAGAUCUCAAAAGCCCUCUAAUGAAAAAUAACUUUAAAAUCAUAUCCCAGUGUCCAAAAUUUACCGAAAAUCCGAAUUUUACGUUCUAGAAAGCCCUGUAAAACCUCGUGGAGCCAAAAAUUCAGCCUAAAAGCCCUCUAAGCGAUCUCAAAAGCCCUCUAACGUAAAAUUACCUUAAAAUCAUAUCCCAGGGCUUAAACUUCACUAAAAAUCCAAGUUUUCUGGUCCAGAAGGCCCCUAAAGUAAAAAUUUAGCCUAAAAGCGAAAAUUUUAUUCAAAUUCCCUUUAAAUUCUUUAAUUUUCACGUAGAACACCUUAAAAUGCUCCAAAUUUCUUCCCAAAUCCAAAAUUUUGCAGAGCUACACGGACCGAAAAGUGCUUGAGCACACUUGCCAAACCGCCUACUUCGUCUCCAUCGUCGUUGUCCAAUGGGCCGAUUUGAUCAUCUCAAAAACCCGCCGAAAUUCCCUGAUCCAACAAGGAAUGUCAAACUGGACCAUGAAUUUCGGCCUGGUUUUCGAGACGGCCUUGGCCUGGUUCAUCUGCUAUUGUCCGGGAAUGGAUCAGGCUUUGAGAAUGUAUGGUCUAAGAUUCUCGUGGUGGUUCUGCGCGGUGCCAUUCGCUUUUGUGAUUUUCAUUUUUGAUGAGACGAGAAGGUUCCUGAUCAGGAAAUAUCCUGGAGGCUGGGUUGAGCGCGAGACCUAUUAUUAA